GCAGCUCUCCUUGUGGCAUCAUCUAUUAGCAUGUCUCUUUGCUGGACAAGGGUGGUAUCAUUUAAAAUUUGUGGUUCACUAAGGACAAACAAGUCAUCUCUUUGAAUGCAAAUAUUAUGCAAUCGUGCAACUGCUAUUUGUAUUCAGCUGUGCUUAACAAUGGUCCAACAUGUCCCAAAACAAAUUCUAAAGUUUCUGGCAGCAUUCUAAAAUGCGAUUUA